AUGCGUAUGUACAAUGAUCCUACAACCUCAGACGUAAUUAUCCACUUCCUCGGCAGAUCUAUCUAUGCUCACAAAGCCAUCCUCGCAGAACACUCAGAAGCCUUCUAUCGCACGUUCUAUGGUCCUUUUGCUAAAACAUCUUAUACCAUCCCAUGCGAGGAAUACGACACCCAAGCCAUAGUAACCCUACUAAAACACAUCUACUCUUUCCCCUACGAGGAACCUAUCAAUGUCGAAGUGGAUCCAAAUUGGUACUUUCAGCUCUACCUUAUUGCAGUUGAGUACUGGGCCGACAGCUUCGAGACUAAAGUCUUGGAUUUAAUAGAAGCGGAAGUGUUUCUUAGUGUCAAAAUCAUCUACGACAGGCAAAAGCUCAAGGAUUGUUGUCGAGCAAGCGAUAAGUACGAAAUCGACAAGCAAGAAAUCACUGAGGAAAAGAAGAGGAGGAUAACACAAAGACUGGUUGCUGAAAAUCGCAUUUGUAGGGACAGAUUUACGUGUGUGGAGAGUGAAGAGGGUGGAGAAACAAACGAGGCUGAUCGUGUAAUGAUGGGUCUUGAGGAGGUACUGGCGAGAUUGAGUAUGGCGGAUAAGAAGCAGCAAGGACACGAGAAGAAGAUGCGGAGACUUGCUCAUCCUGGACGCCUAAGAUUUCGAACGUAUCGAGGGAACGGAAAGAAUCCCUGCGUGUUGUUCGUGUGA